AUGGCCAGCGGUAGGCCUCCCGGGUCGCAUUCAGCCGCUGGUCGCGAUGAAGACCUGCUGUUGGACUCCGGACCCAUAUACAACAGUGGCCAAGGCCCGCCUGUGAACGACGAACACCUCCUAGAACGCUACAACAUUGACGAUUCCGACGAACCCUAUUCGCAAGCGCGCCCUUCGGUAUCCUACGAUAACUUUGUCGGAUCGCGCGUGCCGCAGGGCCCAACGCUUCAAAAUGUUGGUGCUGGACCGGCGCAUCCGCCUGUCAACCCGGGCUUGCAUUCGAAUGACCCCUACUCCAGCGGAUCCCGGGACCGAACCUACUCCCAGACCUCCGGACUGGACAACUACCAGCGGUAUUCCCUGGAUGAUGACCUCGACGAUGCGCAUUCCGGAUACUAUGAUCUCGACGCCGAUGACGACCGUAUUGCCCAGUCGCAUAAUGUUCGAAGAGCAAAUGAGCGCAAUAGUAUCCUCGGACUCGGGGGCGGCUUGAUGGGCAAGGCAAAGUACAUGUUUGGCAUGGGGACAUCACAGUACUCAGAGAUGGACCUCCCUUUAACAGAGGCCGGCGCAAGAAGGGCGACGGUUGAUAGUGCUUCCACCCAGCCCGCACCCCCGAAGCCGCGAAAGAAGUUCAGCGCGUCGGACCUCAACAUCUUCAAGCGGAGCAGAGCUGACCCCUCGACUCUGGGCCCGCGCAUGAUCCAGCUCAAUAACCCACCCGCCAAUUCCGUCCACAAGUUCGUCAGCAACCACGUUUCGACUGCCAAAUACAACAUCUUCACUUUCGUCCCCAAGUUCCUCUUCGAACAAUUCUCCAAAUACGCCAACCUGUUCUUCUUGUUUACCGCCGUUUUACAACAAAUUCCCAAUGUGUCGCCCACAAAUCAGUAUACCACGAUUGUUCCACUUGCUAUUGUCUUGGCGGUGUCAGCCAUCAAAGAAUUGGUGGAGGACUAUAAACGGAGGAUGUCGGAUAAAGGUCUAAACUAUUCUAAAACCCAAGUCCUCAAGGGCUCUUCGUUCCACGAGACAAAGUGGGUAGAUGUGGUGGUGGGUGAUGUGGUUCGCAUUGAGUCCGAGCAGCCUUUCCCAGCCGACUUGGUGUUGCUGGCAUCGUCCGAGCCGGAGGGUCUGUGCUACAUCGAGACAGCAAAUCUUGAUGGUGAGACCAAUCUCAAAAUCAAGCAGGCUAUUCCUGAGACUGCCCAUCUGGUCAGUCCCAGUGACUUGAGUCGGUUGAGCGGACGGGUUCGCUCAGAACAACCGAACAGCAGUCUGUAUACUUACGAAGCUACUCUGACUAUGAACGCCGGAGGCGGCGAGAAAGAGCUGCCUCUGGCUCCUGAUCAGCUCUUGCUUCGAGGUGCAACGCUACGCAACACUCCUUGGAUCCAUGGAAUCGUUGUUUUCAGUGGUCAUGAGACGAAGCUGAUGCGUAACGCUACUGCAACCCCGAUCAAACGGACUGCUGUGGAGCGAACUGUCAACAUCCAGAUUCUGAUGCUCGUGAGCAUUCUCAUUGCUCUGAGUGUUAUCAGUUCCGUUGGUGAUCUUGUUAUUCGACAAACCAGGGCUGAUAAGCUUGCCUACCUCGACUAUGGGUCGGUUAAGCCAGUGAAGCAAUUCUUCAUGGAUAUCUUUACUUACUGGGUCCUGUACUCGAACUUGGUUCCAAUCUCCCUCUUCGUCACCAUUGAAAUCGUCAAAUACUUCCAGGCUUUCCUCAUCAAUUCCGACCUUGAUAUUUACUACGACAAAACCGAUACACCGGCUACUUGCCGCACAUCCUCUCUUGUCGAAGAACUUGGUCAAAUUGAGUACAUCUUCUCCGACAAAACAGGUACGCUUACUUGCAACAUGAUGGAGUUUAAGCAGGUCACGAUUGCCGGUAUUCAAUAUGGCGAUGACGUCCCCGAAGACCGCCGGGCUACUGCGGAGGAUGGUACCGAGGUUGGUAUCCACGAUUUCAAGCAACUCAAGGAGAACAUGCAAUCGCAUCCCAGCCAAAAUGCCAUUCGUGAAUUGCUCACUCUUCUCGCCACUUGUCACACGGUUAUUCCCGAGCGCAACAGCAAGGAUCCAACUGUGAUCAAGUACCAAGCAGCCUCGCCCGAUGAGGGAGCUUUGGUUGAUGGAGCCGCCUCACUCGGAUAUCGUUUCACCAACAGAAGACCCAGAUCCGUAAUUUUCGAGGCCGGAGGACAGGAGCUUGAAUAUGAACUGCUAGCAGUGUGCGAGUUCAACUCUACCCGAAAGCGAAUGUCGACUAUCUUCCGUUGUCCAGAUGGAAAGGUCCGUAUCUACACCAAGGGUGCUGAUACAGUCAUUCUUGAGCGGUUACACCCUGACAACCCUACCGUGGAAGCAACCCUCCAACAUUUGGAGGAGUAUGCCUCGGAAGGUUUGCGGACUCUUUGUCUGGCCAUGCGGGAGAUUCCUGAAGAUGAGUUCCAGCAAUGGUACCAGAUCUUCGACAAGGCCGCCACGACUGUCGGUGGUAAUCGCGCGGAUGAAUUGGACAAAGCCGCUGAGUUGAUUGAAAAGGAUCUCUAUCUUCUUGGUGCUACGGCUAUCGAGGAUCGUUUGCAAGAUGGUGUUCCAGAUACUAUCCACACGCUCCAGACUGCAGGUAUCAAGAUCUGGGUUUUGACUGGUGACCGACAAGAGACUGCCAUCAACAUUGGCAUGUCUUGUAAGCUUAUCUCAGAAGACAUGACGCUUUUGAUUAUCAAUGAGGAAACGGCCGAAGCUACCCGCGACAACUUACAGAAGAAACUGGAAGCUGUCAAGAGUCAAAUUGCUUCUGGUGACUCUGAACCGUUGGCUUUGGUUAUCGAUGGACGGUCUCUGACCUUUGCUUUGGAGAAGGAUAUGGAGAAGCUGUUCUUAGAUCUCGCGGUUAUUUGCAAAGCUGUUGUUUGCUGUCGUGUGUCCCCCCUUCAAAAGGCUUUGGUCGUCAAGCUUGUCAAACGCCACUUGAAGUCUCUCCUCCUGGCUAUUGGCGACGGUGCCAAUGAUGUGUCUAUGAUUCAGGCCGCUCACGUCGGCGUUGGUAUCAGCGGUGUUGAAGGUCUUCAAGCAGCACGAUCUGCUGAUGUGGCAAUUGCCCAGUUCCGAUUCCUUCGAAAGCUGCUUUUGGUUCACGGCGCCUGGAGUUAUUCUCGAAUCAGUCGAGUCAUUCUUUACUCGUAUUAUAAGAACAUUACACUGUACAUGACUCAAUUCUGGUAUUCCUUCCAAAACGCCUUCUCCGGUGAGGUUAUCUACGAGUCCUGGACACUCUCCUUCUACAACGUGCUGUUCACUGUCUUGCCUCCGUUCGCCAUGGGAAUCUUCGACCAGUACAUCUCUGCUCGCUUACUGGACCGCUAUCCUCAAUUGUACCGUUUGGGACAAGAAGGACAAUUCUUCCGCAAACACAGCUUCUGGGCCUGGAUUCUGAACGGAUUCUUCCAUUCUCUCAUCCUGUACAUCGUCUCCCAGCUGAUCUUCUUCUGGGACCUCCCAAUGGCUGACGGCAAGGUUGCCGGCCACUGGGUCUGGGGCGAGGCACUGUACACUGCCGUGCUUGCUACCGUUCUCGGAAAGGCAGCUCUGAUCACAAACGUGUGGACCAAAUACACCUUCAUCGCCAUCCCUGGAUCAAUGCUCCUCUGGCUUAUCUUCCUCCCGGCCUACGGUUACGCCGCCCCCGCCAUUGGAUUCUCACGCGAAUACUACGGCACAAUCCCAGUCCUUUUCAAGUCCCCCAUAUUCUACCUGAUGGCCGUCGUCCUCCCCGCCAUCUGUCUCAUGCGUGAUUAUGCAUGGAAGUACGCCAAGCGCAUGUACUACCCACAGCAAUACCACCACGUCCAGGAGAUCCAGAAAUACAAUGUCCAGGACUACCGCCCGCGUAUGGAGCAAUUCCAAAAAGCCAUUCGGAAGGUCCGCCAAGUUCAGCGCAUGCGCAAACAGCGCGGCUACGCCUUCUCCCAGGCCGACGAUGGCGGUCAAAUGCGUGUUGUCAACGCAUAUGACACAACUCGCAGUCGUGGUCGGUAUGGUGAGAUGGCCAGUUCCAGGCCUAUGGCGUGA